GUUGCAUUUCCGAAGCUUCCAAAUCCGAACCCACCCGGCGCCUCCUCUCCCCUCCUCCAACGUCUCCUCGAUCGCGAGAUCCCCCGCCUCUACUACUACUAGUCUCCACAGAUUUCGUAUCCCCCAAAAAAUCCCAACGCUUCAAACCCAGCGAGUCGCGCCGCCGCCUCGUCUCCGAUCGCGGCGCACGCGCAGAUCGCUAGCCCUGCCUGCAGCAUGGCGUCGGCGGCGGCGGAGGGGGAGGAGGCCCCGAUCGCGGCGUUCGCGGUGUCCAAGGGGGGAGUCGUGCUGAAGAACAUCUUCCUCAACGCGCCCCCGUCGCCGCUGCCUGUGGAGGAGGCGGCGCGGGGGCGGGGUGGGGAGGAGGAGGAUCCGCCGGUGAUGUUCGGGCGGCACCCGGAGUGCCACGUCCUCGUCGACCACCCCAGCGUCAGCAGGUUCCACCUCGAGGUCCGCUCCCGCCGCCGCCAGCGGCGGAUCACCGUCACCGACCUCUCCUCCGUGCAUGGGACUUGGAUCUCGGGACGAAGGAUCCCACCGAACACUCCGGUGGAGCUGACAGCCGGUGAUGUACUGCGGCUUGGGAGCUCGAGGAGGGAAUACCGGCUUCACUGGCUGUCGCUCCCGGAAGCAUUUGACAUGGAGGAUCUGCUGCCACCGCUGCUGGAGGAGGAUAAGGAGGAGCUUAGUACUUGUCAGGAGGCAAGCAAGCAGUUGGAGCCUGAUCAAAAGGAGUCAGCGGAUACUGAGACUCAUCAGGAGACAAGCCAACAAGUUGUGUCAGAACAAAUUGAUUUUCAUGCUAAUGUGAUUCCCUCAGCACCACCUAUACCUGAGUUCGCUGAUUUAUUUGCUCUGGAAGAAUCUUCAGUUCCAGAAUUUGAUGACAGCAGAGAGGGAAGGAUUGAGGGAAAUUUGAUUGAAGAGAACCAUGUUAUAUAUUCUGUUGAAUCUUCGAUUACACAACCAAUGCUUGCCACAGUGGAAGAUGCUGGAAGAUCAGUCAAGUCAGGCGAAAAGGACACUUCAAAUGCCAGGAGGUCCAAGUUGAAGUCAGUCAAAACCCUCCGCAUUGAGACUGGCAGAAGCAAGGAAAGAAUUACUCCUUUGAGUUACAGCUAUCAGAAAGAAGAAAACCAAAAUGAGAAUCCUAUAUGUUCUCAGAACUGUGGGAUAGAAUGUGAAGCCUGCAUGGUUUUGUUUAAUAAUUCUUAUGUCGGAGAAGCUGAAGAAAAGGAAAAGAUGAAUAUCUUGGACAGAAUUAUGAUGGAGGAGAAUCAGGAACAGACAAAUCAUCUUCAAUCCAAAGAAUUUGUGCAUUAUGUUGCCCCUCUGAAUUUGGACUAUGAAACAUUUUCAGAUAAUGAAAACUGCGUGCUGAGUGUUGCUAAGGAGACAGAGCAUAAUGAUUUCAACUCUGUGAAUUGUAUCUCACAAGAUUCAGUUUGUGAAAAUCCACAGAAGAUAUCAGAAUUAUUGCAUUUUGUUUCCCCUCUGGUUUUCAAAGGCGAUGACUUCACUGACAGCAAAAUCCUACAGCUUUGUGCUUCUGUACAUAAGGAGUUGUCUGGGCCCAUCUUAGAAAAUCCAUUCAUGCAAGACAUAUCUGAUGAAAAUACAAACAGCAACAAAGACACAGGGCAUGAAGGUUUAACCCUUCUUAACUUGGAUGCAACUCUCACAAGCAAUGAGAAUUUUGCUCAAAGUAAGAUUUUUGUGGCUCCUGAGGACUCUGAGAGUGAAGGCACAAUCAGUGAGAAUCUAUUUGAAAUUUCGAACAUGAAAGGAAAUGAAGAAAAUGAAGAGAACAGUCCAUGGGACAAGGAGAACAUCACCCCCUUUGUCUCAGGAGAUAUAAUAGUGGAGAGAAGUCAGCUAAGGUUGAAGCCCACUACCAUUUCCCAAGAAUUGAUGGAUUCCAUUUCCCCUCUUAAUUUGGAACAUAACGACUUUUCAGAUGAUGAAAGUUCCAUAUUGAGCAUUGGAGAACAGAUGAAUUCAAAUGAACUUAUCGCCAAGAAUCUUAUCCCGCUAACUUCAGUUGAUGCAAAUAUGCAGAAGAGCCAUGCAGGGUUUAUGACAAUUGCACAUCUAGAUUUCAAAGAUAGCAUCCUUACAGACGAGGAAACCUCAGUGCUUUCUCCUGAAAAGUAUGAUACUAUAUCCCCUGUGAGACAAGGAAACCUGUUCCCAGACAAAGAGAAUGUGACACCAGCCUCCAGGGAUCUGAAGCCCAUCAUUGGUAGGAAGGUUCUUGGACCAAGGGUGGAUAAUUCGCUGUCUGUAGAAUGCACUUCAAAAAGGAGGAUCCAUAGACAAGAACCCAAUGAAUUAUCAGCAAAGUCCAAAGUUUGUCACGCAGUAGAUGAUGAUGUUUUCUAUUCUGAUAAGGAAAAUUUGACACCUAUAUCUUCAGGAGGCAUUAAAGCAAGGAGAUGUCUUCCAAAGAGCCUCACAGUGGAUGCUGACCAAGAUCAAGAGGCCUUCUACUCUGACAAAGAGAACUUGACGCCAGUAUCUUCUGCUUCUCGGAAAACAAAGGAUUUGUCUGAAAACCGUGCACGAAUGGAAAGUACUAUCACAAAGAAAAGGGUGGUUGAUAGGCUCCCCUUCCAGACACUCUUGUCGAAUUCUCCCUUAAGACACACUAGUUCACUUGAUAGUACCCAGGUUAAUCCUAGAGCAGUUGAUGUGGCAAUGAAGUUGGAGGGUGAACUGAAUAAUGUUCCACACAAAGGACAAGAGUCUGAAAAGACCAAAGAAGGAAUGAAAGUCUGGACCAUGGUAACUGAUAUGGAAUGUCUUCUUGAUGAUGAAUCUAGGAAGUCCAUCAUGCUGCUAAGAGGCUUAAAAGGAACUCAAUUGGUCAUACCAAUGAUUGUGAUCAGGGAGCUUGAGUGCUUGAAAAAGCGGGAGAGAUUGUUCAGAAUGUUAUCAAAGGCCACCUCCAUGCUCCAAUGGAUCAAUGAGUGCAUGGAAAAGGAGAGCUGGUGGAUCCAUGUUCAGAGUUCAACCGAGAUGCUGCCAGUAGCACCAACUCCACCUGCAACCCCUACAGCGCUAUGCAACAAUGGAGAAAGAGAAAUCUCUGCCGGCACCUUCAAUCCGAUAGCCUUGUUCUCCCCGAGAAGCUUCUCAGAUAUCGUCUCCCCGAAAACAGAAGAUCGCGUUCUUGACUGCGCCCUCCUUUUCAACAAACUAAAAGGAAACCAGAACAUCGUCAUCCUGUCCAACAGCGUCACGCUUAAGAUCAAAGCUAUGGCAGAGGGAUUCCCUUGCGAGGGAGCAAAGGAAUUCAGGGAGACCCUGGUGAACCCGUGCUCCAGCAGGUUCAUGUGGGCGGCCAGCGCGCCGAGAGGUUCAGCCUGGUCGUGCCUGGACGAGACUACCCUGGAGGAGAACUACUACAACAGCCACCAUGGAGCCAGGAGGAGGAUCCCAAGGCCCAUGGAGCCCGCCAAGGGCCUGAAGCUGAUCCUGCUGCACAAUUCUCACUAUGGGCAGGCGACGAACUUCGUCGAGAAUCGGCCAUUGGCUCCAAUGGCCUCGUGGUGAACUGACGAUGGCACGAUGCCAUUGGGCUCAGUUAGGCCUUGUGUGCCUUUGUAUAUAGAUAUUGGAUUUCUUCUUCUUCUUGGUAUGUGAUUAGAGUAACACCGCUGGACUUGUGAGGUGGAUUUUGAGGGCGGUGGCUACAUUUCUGUUGGUAUGAUUUCCAUGCCUAAUGAAAGUCUGAAAGAAACUAGUAUGACCUGUGAAAGUUGGAACAUGGAAUGGCUGUUUAAAGUCUCCAUUUCACACUAGUGGUGGUGGUGGUGAUA